GUGCUUCUUUGUUUAUUUGGCGUUGUAGCUCAUGGUUACGUCAACCCAACCCAAUGUUUUUUUUUUUUUUGUGGUUCUUUUUCUUUUAUAAAUGAUGUUGUGAGUUAAAGAUACAUAAAGAUUGGAAAUUGGAUUCGUAUACCAGUCUAUCAGAUCCUCUAAACGCAGAGCACCAAAUUUACAACCACACAGAGAAAAAAGGCUACAACGCAAUCAGCUUGUUUUCCUUGCUCUUUUUUUCUGUUUGGCUAAGAGAGCGAGAGAAGGAAAAAAAAAAAAAAGAAAAAAGAAAAAUGACAUACGUCCGCUUCAUCUCGAUCACCACCGUCCGACCAUCCACAGAUGAUCAUCACGAAGAGUUGAGUCAAAGAAUUGAGUUGACUCCAUGGGAUCUUCGAACCCUCCCAAACGAUUGUAUCCAGAAGGGCCUUCUCUUCCACAAACCCACAAACCUCGCUAUCGAUUGGAUCGAACACCUCAAAACCACACUUUCCCAAACACUAGCUAUAUUCUAUCCACUCGCCGGCCGGCUCGCCGUCGUCGAAAACGAUGACCGGACCUCCUCGUUCUUCCUCCACUGUAACAAUGAAGGAGUCCAGUUCGUCCACGCGGUCGCCGAUGCCAUCUCCGUCGACGAUAUUCUCAAGCCCCUCAAUGUUCCCGAUGACAUUAUCUACUCUCUGUUUCUGAACAAUGGGGUUUUGAACUACCAAGGAACUUCCAAACCCUUGCUGGCUCUGCAAGUUACCGAGCUCGCCGACGGAAUCUUCGUCGCUUACACAUCGAACCACUCUGUUCUCGACGGCACUUCCAUGUGGCACUUCCUCAAUACUUGGACGGAGAUCUGCCGCGGCUGCGAUCGAAUCUCUCAACCACCUCCCGAUUUCGAUCGAGGGUUUCUGAAUGGGAUCGUCGACUUUCCGGUUCGAAUCCCUUCGUUUCUCGAUAAAAUCCCUGAGAAAUUUGUCCCACCGCCAUUGCAGCAGAGAAUCCUUCAUUUCUCGAAAGAAAACAUCGCGAAGCUCAAAUCCAAAGCGAAUUCCCAAAUGGGGACCACCAAGAUCUCGUCGCUUCAAGCUUUACUGGGUCAUCUCUGGGUAUCCAUAACCCGCAACCGACAUUAUCUCAAACCCGAUGAAGAGGUUAGCAUUGGAAUAGCUAUGAGCAUGAGGCAGAGAAUGGAACCGGCUGUGCCGGAAAAGUACUUCGGGAGUACGGUUUUAAAUCAACGGAUAGCUUCCACCGCCGGUGAGCUGGUCGAGAAAGGAUCGGGUUGGGCUGCUUGGGAGAUUAACAGAAGCAUCGAUUCUUUCACAUCGGUAGAGAUGAGGAAAUUUGCAGAGGAUUGGGCGAAAAACCCAGUGAUAGCAAAACUUGUGAGACGGAAUGGGAAUUCACUGUUCGUGGGUAGCUCGCCGAGAUUCAAUGUGUACGGCAAUGACUUCGGUUGGGGAAGACCACUUGCAGUGAGAAGUGGUCCGUCGAACAAAUUCGAUGGGAAAUUGACAGUUUUUCCGGGAGCUGAAGAUGGUAGUAUUGACUUUGAAGCUUGCCUUUUGCCUGAGACGCUGCAGUCUAUGGCUGAAGAUUCGGAGUUCAUGGAGUCUCUGUCCACGUGAAGUUUGCUUUUGGAAAAUAUUUUUAAUUAAUAUUACUUGGUGCAUUAAAUGUUUGUGACGUCUCAUGUUGUUUAGAUUCCUCAUGCUAGUAUUAGGCGUUCAGUUUCAGUGUUUUCGCAAGUUACAUAAAUGUGUAUUUAUUAAUUAUUUAUAUUGUUAUUUUUGGUAACGAAGUUACUUAUAAA